AUGGCUUUCGGUAGUGCCGCGUUGAAGCUCGGCUCAACCGCGCUUUAUGCGCUCGAGUUCUGCUGCGCUGCCAUUGUGCUGGGCAUCUACAGCUACUUCAUGGCCGUGCAGGCUGAUCGCGAUGUCACGAUUCCCCGCUGGGAGCAGGCCGUCACUGGUCUCGCCGGCGCAGUCGUCCUGUACACCAUUUUCGCUGUCCUCUUGACAUGCUUCCUCGGUGGAAAGACUCUGUUCGCUUUCCUAGGCGUCCUCUUCAACAUUGCCUGCUGCGGCGCCAUGGUUGCCAUCGCUGUCCUCACCCGUGACGGUGCUCACAAGUGCACUGGCAACGUGAACACUCCUCUUGGCAACGGACCAUCCAGCUCAAAGGAAGGAUUCAACAGCGAUAACCAGGGCAAGCAAAUCACCUACGCUGCCUCGCUUGGAACCGUCUGCAGGCUCAACACCGCUUGCUUCGCCGUCGCCAUUCUCGGAGCUCUCCUCUUCCUCAUCUCUGCGCUCGUCCAGCUCUGCCUCGGCCGCAACCACAAGAAGGAGAAGGCGUUCGGUCCCAGCCCCACCAACAACUACACCAAGGGCUCUGGCACCAAGUUCUGGCAGCGCAACCGCCGCUCCAAGGGUCUCCGUGAUCCCGAGGUUGGCACUGUUCCUGUCUCUGGUGGUCUUGCGCCAGUCGGCGGACACGACUAUCGCCCAUCGCACGACACGGCCUACACUGGCUCCACGGUCGCGGCCCCUGGCACCACUUAUGUUGACCACAACAAGCCAGUGACUGGUGGUUACCACACUGCCCCUACUGGCACGUAUAAGAACGCCGCCACCAACUACUAA